AAUAGGGUGCUUUUUUUUUUGAAGGGGAUUGACUACUUGAAGUACGACAAUUGCUAUUAUGAUGGUUCGAAACCUCAAACGAGAUAUGCUGCAACGAGUCAUGCAUUGAGAAAUGCCGGUCGGCCGAUAUUUUAGUCUUUAUGUGAAUGGGGAUAAGAGGAUCCUGCAAAAUGGGCUAGUUCUUAUGGUCAUACUUGGAGGACUACUGGGGAUAUCAAUGAUACCUGGGCAAGUAUCACAUCGAUUGCAGAUUCGAAUAACCUUUGGGGGAGAUAUGCUGGACCUGGCAGGUGGAAUGAUCCCGACAUGCUGGAAGUGGGCAAUGGAGGGAUGAGCAUCGAGGAAUACCGAUCUCAUUUUAGUAUUUGGGCUCUUAUGAAGGCUCCUCUCCUGAUCGGAUGCGAUGUUCGAACCUUGAGUAAAAGGACUCUAAGUAUCCUCGGGAACAAGGAAGUGAUCGAUGUUAACCAGGACUCGCUAGGUGUUCAAGGGAGGAAAAUACGAUCCAACAGGGCCCUAGAGGUAUGGGCAGGGCCUUUAUUAGGGAAAAGGGUGGUGGUAGUGUUAUGGAAUAGAAGCCAAACUAGAGCACUUAUAUCUGUCGGAUGGAGGGAAAUCGGACUCUCCCCUUCAAGUCUGGUCGCAGUUCGAGACUUGUGGAACCAUUCGUUUGUUUGGAUGAGUAAGCGUUACAGAAUGACCGCCGCUGAAGCUUGCAAGAUGUAUAUUAUGACAGCAGUUAGAGGCUGAAGGAGGAUCUUAAGGAACAUUUUCACAAUAUUUAUAGCAUAGUGAUGAGUCAUUAAAAGUUGUAUCGCUUUAUUCUUAACCAAUAGUUGUGAUUAUUCAAAUAUAAUAUUUAUUUAGGCA